GUGUCCCUGUGACGUAGGCCACUACCCCGCGCCGUGAUUGGUCCGCGGGCUGCCACGUGUCUUUACUACCCCGCUGCACGGAGCACAUUUGACGCUUUCUCCGCUGGAAAUCUGCAAAAGGUUUCCAGUGCCUCCUCCUCCUCUUCCUCCCUCUCCCUCCUCUGCUCGUCUGCUCGUCUGCUCGUGUGCUGCUGCGGUGCCGGACACAGCUCGGAGAUGGCGGUGCGUUCGUUGGAUAUCGACGCCCCGCGCUGGGACCAGUCCACGUUCAUGGGGCGUUUGAAACAUUUCUUUAACAUCACAGACCCUCGCACCGCCCUCCUCCCAGACUCCAAACUCGACGAGGCAAAAGCGCUGGUCGAGAGCUGCAGGGCCGGUUCAGUUCCUCCUGGUACGACGGACGAGCAGCUUUUUUAUGCCAAAAAACUUUACGACUCGGCGUUUCACCCGGAUACGGGCGACAGGAUGAAUCUGAUUGGUCGGAUGUCGUUCCAGGUGCCCGGGGGAAUGGCCAUCACCGGCUUCAUGCUCCAGUUCUACAGGACGGUUCCUGCGGUGGUUUUCUGGCAGUGGGUGAAUCAGUCGUUUAACGCUCUGGUGAAUUACACGAACAGGAACGCGGCGUCGCCCAUCACGCCAAAACAGAUUGGAGUGGCGUACGUCACUGCCACCAGCACAGCUCUGGCCACAGCCGUCGGACUCAACCUCUACACAAAGAAAGCUCCUCCUCUCGUGGCUCGCUGGGUUCCCUUCGCCGCUGUAGCCGCCGCCAACUGUGUCAACAUCCCCAUGAUGAGACAACAAGAGAUCCUGAACGGCAUCGCCGUCACAGACGAGAACGGAAACAAACUGGGAGAGUCAAAGAAAGCUGCGAUUAAAGGAAUAACGCAGGUGGUGAUCUCUCGAAUCACGAUGGCCGCUCCAGGAAUGAUUAUUAUGCCCAUUAUCAUGCAGAGGAUGGAAAAGUUCAGAUUUAUGCAGAGAAUCACAUUUCUUCACGGGCCGAUCCAGGUCAUGAUGGUGGGCGUGUUUUUGAUCUUCAUGGUCCCUGCAGCCUGUUCCCUCUUCCCCCAACAAUGUUCUAUGGCUGUGUCCAAACUGGAGCCGGAGCUCAGAGAGUCCAUCCUGUCCAAAUACGGAGACGGCAUCAAAUAUGUUUACUUCAACAAAGGGCUUUAAAAAACGAACUCAAACCUGGGACUGGACCUGGGACUGGACCUGGGACUGGACCUGGGACUAGACCUUUGACUUUUUCUUCGAUUUUGGUGCUAAAAAGAUGUUACAAUUUUAUUUUAGUGUUUUAAAAAUGAACAAACAUCUUUAAGUAUUUUUCGUUUUUCACCAGAAUCUCGGUUGAAAUCGUGGCUGCAGAGGAGGAACGGACCAAUAGAUUUUGAGCCAGAUAAAUAGAUAUUGUUUUAAGAUGUUUUAAGAUUGAAAAAUGAUGUGAUGGUGAGUUCACAAAUGAAAUGACCUGAGUCCCUCUUCGGUGCCAGAGCCGUCCUGGGGCAGACCGACAGGCAUGUGGCUGCUCUUCUGUCGCUUCCAACCCGUUUUAGUUUAAUACAGAACAGUUUUGUAUCAUGUUUUUGUAUAUUUAUGGAGAAUAGUUGAGUUGGAGCAUGGGUGAGGUGGGCUUGUGGGCGGAGCCUUGUACAAGGCUCGUACCUCUAACCAUAAAUAGCGUUUGGAAUAGGGCUCGGGAGAGAUCGCUAGAUUACUCAAACGUGCAUGGAUGACUCUAAAACCUCUUCAGACGUGUUUGUAAUGACGGAACAAUGUUAUAACAUAGUAGAAAACUAACAAAAAAAACAUUUACAGCACAGGUUACGUACUUUACCUUUAAUGUGGACGUGAUUGUUGAAGUGUCUUGCUCAAGGGCACAUUGAAAAGUGGGUUGAAAGUGGGAAUUUAACCCGUAACAUGUGUUUGGGUUGGUGGUUUAGUCCCAGUUGCGCCUAUGACCAUUUUCGUACAAUUAUUUCCAUUGGCGUUGGUGAUUUAGGGGCCAUUGUCACAGAUUGGCCGCCACACGUCCGUCAGUCUGUCCCAGGGCAGCUGCGGCUACGAAAGUACAAACGAUUUACAAUUGUUGCUCUUUAACACAAGUCUUUGGCCAGCUUUACUUUUCUCUACUUUAUGUCAGAAACCAAAUCUCCUCCGCUCAGGAAAAUCUCACAACUUCACCAAAUUUUUCAUAAUUUUGUGUAAUUUUUUGUCUUUUUUUUUUUUUUUUCUGUGUAUUUUAAAAAACUUGAUUCUGUGCCUUUGAACGGUUUCUGCUGCUCGACUUUUCUUUCUCUUUUAGCGGCGUCACUGUGAAAAUUAUGGAUUAAAACAAAAACAAAAAAAAAAAAGAAAGAGUUAUGGAUCAUAGGGCUGUACAAUAUUUUUGUCAGUUUUUUAGUCCUGAUUUCGUCUUUAAAGAUGCACCGUGUAACUUUUCUGGUGCAGGGUCGAUCUGUCACCUGUUUAUUAAUUGAAAUCCAAAAGAACGAAUGGUGCACAGAACGUUUAAGUCUCAAGUUUAUAGUUUUUUAUUUAGCUUUUUCUUAAUUUUUUUUAUUGUACAGCCCUGUCCCCUGGUUACCAUGGAAACCAGAUCGUUACGUUUUUAAGUGUCACGUCUGUGGUCUCGUGUGAAAGGAAACGCGGGUUUGUAUCGGGGGUUUAAAGUGUGAACGCUGCCCUCUGCUGUCCGGACUGAGGCACGGCAGCUCAGAGUCACGACGGUUUGUGCAUGAUUAUAGUUUAUUCUGUUAUUAUUAUGUUACGGGGAAUUUCUGAAACUGUAAAAGAACAAUUUACAGAAUAAAAUGGAUUUAAUUUAAA